GGCGUCUCCAAUUCCUCGACUUCACCUUACAGCGCAUGAUCCAGCGAUUCGAAGACGAAUAUCCUGAGACCCGCAUCAUACCCCAGUCCAUCCCAUCGUAUGCGAUUCAGGAUACUAGCUCACAGGGUUCCAACGACGACGGAUGGAACGGGCCCGUGUCUGAAAACACCCAGCUGAAUGGCACCUGCGCUGAUGCCGAGGCCGUGGCAGAUGACGAGGAGGAGCACUAUGCCGUCCGACUAUCGCGGUCAAGCUCGAUUACUUCGCUUCAUUCGCGCGCAAUGACCUCCGAGGAAGGUCAUGUUCACCGUCUCGGGCAAAACAUUCGGCGCGAUUUCCUCCGGCCUUCCUUCGAUCAGGCUGACGAUGAUAUGUCGGCCUUCUCAUUUGAAGAGUCCCAUAUGGCCGCUUUGCGUGAUAAACUUGAUCGUCUGCAGGAGGAACAAACCCACACACCUUUUGAAAGUGUGGAUGCGGACAAAGCGCUGGGAGAUCUGGGUACCACGGUGGAGGAGUUAUGGGCCGCUCGUAAGAACGAUGCGGAAACCUUCGAGAAGUUCCGGCAAAGCCAAAUCGCUGCGCAAUUCAACAGUGGCAAAAGGACAUCGUCUAACAGGAGCAAUGGGAACGACGAUACCGAAUCAGAUCAGCAGGCUUCUUUCUGA